ACAUACAAACCCUCGCCUAUCUCGUUCAGUACAGCCGUACACGGCCGUAUUUCCAUAUAAACUGACAGAUAAACUGAUAAACUGACGUCUCUAUCACUAGCGUCGACCCUCGAUAUUCAACCAUAACAUCAAGUGAUCAACUCUAAGCGCCUCACCCUUGGCAACAUGUCGAAUAAUCAAGUUCGCGGUCCGGCGUCCGCCCUUUCCAGCUUCUUGCGUGAAAGGGGAAUUCGAGCACCCGCAGCACGCGGGUGGGCACGGAGGACGGAUAUCCCAGCGACCACUGCCGAUCCCGCAGCUCCAACGACGGGCGGAAACAACGAUACGGAGCCGGAUUCAGAGAAUAGUGGCUCUGAUCCUGACAAUGACUCUGACUCGGCUCCCGCUGUCAGCAGGACGAGGACGACAACGCGAGCGUCUUUGCGCACACGAACUCCGUCCGGGGACGCUCAGGUGGGACUUCAGGCCACUAUGAUGGAGGUGGAGGUCGAAGAGGAAGUUGUUGUUGACGAUGAGGCAGAGGAGGGGGAAGAGUGUCAAACAACCACAACAAGCUCAAGAGCAAAGGAAGGCAAAGAAAAAGCGGCCAAAACCCCUGCUAAGGUCGCUGCAAAAGCAAAAGCCGGAGCCAAGAAGCGCAAGAAGGGGAAAGAUGACAACGAUGAUGAUGAUGAAAACUACCCCGGUCCGACAUCGGCCGGAAGGUCAAACCACUCGAAGCGUAGAAAACCGGACAUGUCGUCAGCCUUCAAUGCUGGAUCCGUGGGCUUCUGCAGUCGAUGCAAACGAAGAUACCUCGUCGGACACGACCAGGCGUCUCUUUGCUCUGCUUGUUACUCCAUACAAGCAAGCAAGAUUUCUACGGGUGGGCCAAAGAAGCCAAGGAAGAAGAAAGGUGUCAUCAUUCCUGAGGGCGCUGAUGAGAGCGCCGGAUCGGUCCUCUCGCUUCGGAACCUUUGCAUUCGGUUGAUUGCAGAUUGUAUAGACUCCGUAGAAGGGUUUGGUGACAUCUCCGAAGCCACAAAACUGCAAAUCUCCAAGAUCAUUGGGCGUCAUAGACAACUGAAACCCGAAAACGUUCGACUGUUCACCGGGCCAACAGAGCAGCGCGUCCAUCUCUUUGAGUGCACUUACUUGGACGACGAGGCCCUCUCCGAGGUUGCGGCCGCAUCACCCAACGUGCGACACUUCCAUCUUGGCAAUUGCGGAAGAAUCACCGACAAAACACUCAAAGUGAUUGGUGACACCUGUGCACAACUUGAAACCCUGUGCCUCGACGGACCCUUCCUCCCUUCCAACGCUGCAUUUGCGACUCUGUUCGAAGGAUUGGGCGAAAAGCUCCGAGAGCUGACUCUCCGCCACGCAGCAAAACUGAACAAGAACGGGAUUGAGACUCUGGUCGGCUCCUGCCCGCAUCUGCGUGUCCUGCGUUUGGAACAAUGCAUGAAGUUGGACGACGAGAGUAUUCAGCUUUUGGGAAACUUCAAGGAUUUGGAGGUGCUGGAGAUCGGGUUUAUGGGAGAUAAAGUCUCCGAGGAGUCGUUCGUCAAUUUGCUGAUGACCAUCGGGGCUGGAUUGAAGACAUUGGUUCUGAAUGGACACUCUCGUCUAACAGACUCCGUCCUCACGGCCAUCGCCUCAAACUGCACCCAACUCCACGACCUAUCCCUCGAAGAAUGCGAGUCCCUCACAUCCGAGGGCGUACUUCAAUUCGUUCGUGACCUCAAAUCCUCUACCGGCCUUACAUCGCUGAGUUUAAGUCGGAACGUCACGAUGAAGGAUGACCUCAUCGUUGCGCUUGUGAACCUUCAUGGGCACUCCUUGCAGAAGUUGAAUCUGAAUGGGCUGGAUGAGUUGACGGAGUAUUCUUUGAAUUCUUUGGCUACUGGUUGCCCAAAUUUGCGGGAGUUGGACGUGUCAUGGGUGCGAAACGUCGACGAUUUCGUUCUGAAGCAGCUGGUCGACUCUUGCCCUUCUUUGGCAAAGGUGAAGGUUUACGGCUGCAAUCGCUUGACGGAGAUAAUCGUCAAUGGCCACACCAAAAACGCAGAUGGAGUCGAGGUUCGCUUCGUUGGAAAUGAAUAUAUUUGAGGAUCAUUCGACUAUGAGAUUAUUGUAUAUAGAAGCCCUUCCAUAGCCAUUGUUCUAGAAAGGGGUUUCGUGUAAA